UACACACCGUAUCUUGUAUACUCUAGAGCUUAUACCGAAAUCGUUUAUCGGCAUUCUGAUAGAGAUUGAUUCUCACAACAACACAGUCAUGAAGUACAUCGAAGAAUUCCAGGUGAGACUCGAGGGAGAAACCUUUCUGCCGGGUGAUGUUCUCCGUGGCAGCGUCUCAUUCAUACUGCGUCAACCGAUCAAAGCGAAAUCACUGGCUAUCAACUUCGAGGGAGAAGGGCUCGCUGUUGCUACUCAGCUGAAGAAUAAGAACUGCAGUCGUCAAUUCAUGCACCUAGAGGAAAAGGUAGCGGCGUUUAACAAGUCACAACCAGAGGUGAUGAAAGCUUUUCAAACUCCCGGUAAGCACACGUUCUUCUUCUUCCAUCGUCUACCGAAAAACCUGCCGGGAAGCUUCAGUUACUCUGCAGCCGACCACGACGCGAGCAUUGCCUACUGCAUCUACGCUGUGAUAAAGGCACCGAAGAGGUUUGGCUGCAAGCAAAUGGUCGCCAGAGCAGAGGUAACGAUACCGAAGACACAGAGCGACUACGAUGAGGAUUUCGACUUUGAAGAGAUUUGCGCUGAUGGCGAUUGCACAUACACGUACGUUCCUCUAAACGAGCUUGAGCGUAACAGCGGACACAAGAAGCCAGAGAGAGUGGCUACGCAGCUACCAUCCAGCCUUAGCGCGGCCAGAUUCAUUCGAUCUUCAUCGCAGUCCAGCACCGAAAGCUCGAGUGAUAGUGUUACUGGAUCUGCCGUCUCCACCGACAACGUGCUGAAUGAAUCUUACGAUUCCCACAUGUCGCUGGGUUCGAUGGGUAGCGAGUCUAGCGACCACAGUCGCCUGUCGUCGCAGAGCAGUGAAAGCGACGCCUUCGACAGCAGCCGACACACGUCGGUCGACGACAGCGGGCUGGACGACAACGACGUACAGGAAUACAUAGUGAAAGUGCUGCGAGCGACCGACACCGGGAAGGAGACGAGCGAUGUUACUUCUUCUGUCGGGAAUAUGAAUAUCUCAUCUGAUAGAGUCAGGAAAACUUCCGUUAUUAAGACUGUGAUAAUCAUGUGAAUUUUGCUACGAGACAAAGUUUAAAUAUUAUAUGGAUAACUUGUACUGAAUCGUCUAUUAAUGAGGUAAUGGGGUUAUUUACUGUAAGCAAACAACGAUGCAAGUAAUUAAACUGUUCAGAUGUAUAAUGGUUUUUACAACUAACACAUUUUUUAUUAUGAGGUAUAUAUUGCUGUUUAAUUUAUAUCUAGCAAGUGUCGGAGUUCUCCUUAAUGUGUAAAUUAUAUUGUGUAUUUUUGUAUAUAUAUUAAACCACCGGUGAAUUAAUCCCUGCGUUGAGCACACUCAAUUUACACUAACGAAACGCCACAAAAUGUCACUAAUGCAAAGAUACUAUUAAUUUUCCGAUUACGU